AUGUACCUAAACGCUACGAUUGCCGACUAUCAAACGGACGUCUAUGCGUACGACAAACUUAACUACAGCACUUCCAACAAUACUAUCGACGACUUCAUCAACCCGUUCGCAUCCAUACUCUGGUUGAAAACCAUUUUCAUCCCAACUAUUUUUGGCGUAAUUUGCUUCAGCGGUCUCCUUGGUAACGGAAUAGUUGUGUGCGUACUGAUGAGGUACUCUGACUUAAAAACUGUACCCAACGUGUACAUCCUGAACCUAGCGUCAGCCGAUCUCCUAUUCAUGCUCGGAAUACCGUUCUUAGCGUACCAAUACACUGGUAAAACAUGGUUGUUUGGUAAAGCCAUGUGCAAGCUUGUGAUGGGAAUAGACGGCAUUAAUAUGUUUGCAGGUAUAUUUACAUUAACCGCUAUGUGUAUUGAUCGAUAUCUGGCGAUAGUCAACGCUAUCGAGUCGAUGACGUACCGAACGGUUAACUCGGCGAGACUUACUUGUAUAUUCAUAUGGAUUUUAGCGGUCAUGGCGACUCUGCCUCUAUGGAUAUAUGCCGACACUAAGCCCGGCCCCGCUGCAAGCGUCAGAUGUGAUAUAUAUUUUGCAAACGAGGUGAUCCACAACGCUUUUAUAAUCUACGGUUUUAUUAUCGGCUUUGCACUGCCCCUACUUGUCAUCUCACUGUGUUAUUUCCGCAUCCUUAUUUACUUGAACAGAGGCACGCCGUCAACGUACCGGACUAGUAAACGUCACAGUAAACGAUCAUCGCUCGGCCGUGCUGGAAUCAUUGUUAUGCUAGCAGUGGCGCUAUUUACUGUAUGUUGGUUACCAUUCUGGGUAAUUCAAUUCAUUACUACGUUCAACGCCGCUCCAAAUAAUUUGUAUUCCGUUGACUUUAUCAUCGUAUAUUAUUCCUCGAUGUGUCUGAGUUACGCCAACAGCUGUCUUAAUCCAGUCGUUUACACGUGCGCGGGUGGAAAUUUUCGUCAAAAGUUAAUUCGAAUGUGUUUAGGAAGAAAACGUAUUGACUACUAUACUAGUCAUAAUAGUUAUUUUCGACGUUCUAGCGCAUGCGUGGAGGAUGUCGUAUGCGAGCUACCCACUAUGACUACUACGAUGUCCUCACAACAGGUUGGUCUUAUCACUUGUGCCAACGAAAUAGUAGACAAUCAAUUAUAG